GGCAUCGUGAAACCCAGCGCCUGCGCGAGCGUACAUAUACUGCCCCGCCCUGCGCGCGGCCUGUCCCCCGCUUGCCCCUCCCACUGCGCACAUCAUGGCCUCCUUCGACCCCCCAAGCACCCUCAAGCCCGCCCAGGUCGCAGUCGCCAUGGUCGAGCACGGCAUCGUCAAGCACCGCACCCGCGCAGACAAGGUCUUCUUCAAGGCCGUCGGCGCAGGCAUCAUGCUCUCCUUCGGAGGCCUCCUCUCCGAGAUCAUUGGCGGCGGCUCCGCCGGCAUCAACGCCAACAACCCCGGCCUCGUCAAGGUCCUCGCCGGCGCCGUCUUUCCCGUCGGUUUGAUAAUCCCUGUUACGGCUACGAUUGCGGUUACGGCAUCCCCUGCCAAGGCCAUGCGCACAUCGAGCGCCUUGCAUUUCGGCUUCGGGCAGGAGCUCCUCACGAGCAACCUGAUGAUAUUCCCCAUGGCGUGCAUCAAGGGCGUCGUCCCGUGGUGGGGGCUGCCGUGGAACUGGCUUAUCGUGACCUUCGGCAAUCUGUGCGGCAGCCUCUUCUUCGCGGCCGUCCUGACCAAGUAUAGCGGCGUCAUCUCGACGGAGCCGUACAUCAGCUACGCGCAGGACUUUGCCCUGCACAAGGCGAAGGAGCCGGAGUGGUACCAGAUCUUCCUGCGCGGGAUCGGGUGCAACUGGCUCGUGUGCGUCGCCGUCUGGAUUGUGGCGAUAUGGAUACCCAUCAUGAUCUUCGUCUCUGCAGGAUUUGACCACGUGGUCGCGAACAUGUUCUCGAUCCCGCUGGGCAUCAUGUUCGGCGCACCCAUGACCGCGGGGUACUACAUCGGAAAGUCGCUCAUCCCGUCGUACCUCGGCAACAUCGUCGGCGGGCUGCUCGUCGGGCUCCCCGCGGUGUACUUCUACCUCGGGGACUACCGCGCGGGCGGGCUGCGCGGCGUCGAGGAGGGCGAGGGCUUCAGCGCCGGCGCGGCGGCCGUGGGCGGGAGCGGGAGCGGGGACAGGGAUGCGGACGGCUCGAGCAGCCGGGGCAGCGGCGCGAAGACGAAGGAGGAGCAGUAUGAGGUCUCACCGGGCAAGGCGGAGUGA